AUGGCGGAGGAACCAUCUGCCAAGCGUCCCCGUGGUGAGACGUCCGACCAGAGCACCGAGGUCGACGACGUUCAGGUCCCCGGUCAGAAGCACGACUACAAAGUGCACCUCAAGGAGGUUAACAUCCACGGCAAGGAUAAGCUGGAUGUCGUAUGCACCAGCAAUCCUGAGGAAGCCGACAAGAUGAUCAGCAGGAUCCUGAAGAGGGUCUGCGGCUUGUACCCUCAGUACAUUGGCGUUGAUGUCGAGUAUACCAGGGAGGACGAACCUCCGCAGAGGGCAGCGGUUCUACAGUUAUGCGUGGAGGAACUCUGUCUGGUAUAUCACAUCACCGCGGCAACAAAGUGGCCCAAGAGCCUGCGCCCGUUCCUGGAGGAGGACAGGUUCUACACCUUUGUCGGCUUCAGUAUUGGAGGUGACAAAGAGAUGCUGCGAAGUUCUGGUUUGGAGAUCAACCCCGACAAGUACAUCGACAUCCAGCGCAAAUGGAGAGUUCCGUUCAAGGGAAGAAAGAGGUACCACUCUUUGGCUGAUGUUGCAGGGAGCGUGAUCCACCCAUUCUACAAACAGAUGAAGGACAAGAUUAAUAGGGUUGAAGACCAUAAACUGUGGGGGACCAGCCCACUGCCAAAUUACCUCAUUGAGUAUGCAGCGAUAGAUGCGUACGCCACCUACGAGUCAUGGAAGAGAAUUGAAAACAUCAGAGAAGGUCUGGAGAGUGCAAAAGAGGCAGAGAAGAAUUACGACGAUCCUUACUACGGAUACUAG